GUGCAAUGUCGUGAAUCCGCCAUUUUGCAUAGCUUCGUUUGCGUUGCUGUAAAGUGCGUCGCAUAUUGUGUUAAAAUUGUAGUUACAGCUUAUCGCAAGCGUGUAUAAAAAUAUAAAUCUGUGAUAACUAGCUGUUAAGUUUAAUAAUAUACGUUAAUUCUUGUUAAUUUAUCUAGUUUCUAAGUGUCUGUGACUCGUUAAAAUGGGCAGGAAAAAGAAGAAGGCAUCUAAACCAUGGUGCUGGUAUUGCAACAGGGAGUUCGACGACGAGAAGAUUUUGAUUCAACACCAGAAAGCGAAGCAUUUCAAAUGUCACAUUUGUCAUAAGAAAUUAUAUACGGGUCCGGGCUUGUCUAUACACUGCAUGCAGGUCCACAAGGAAGCCAUAGACAAAGUACCAAAUUCGUUACCAAAUAGGUCAAAUAUAGAAAUAGAAAUUUAUGGUAUGGAAGGUAUUCCACCUGAAGAUAUAAGGGAGCAUGAGAAGCAGAAAUCAGGUGGAGGCAAAGGGUCUGACAGUGAAGAUGACGAGCCUGCUGCAAAGAAAAAAGCUACUCCCGCUUUAUUAGGUGCGGGGCCUUCAGCAGUGACCCCGGGUAUCCUGCCAACACCGAUGGGACCUGGCAUGCCCGGAAUGUACCCUGGACACAUGCAGAUGAAUCCGAUGAUGCCUCCGUUCAUGCAGGCACAGGCUAGACCCAUGACUAUAUUUGAACAUGACACCCAGAAGUUUUUAAGAAUGAUGAUGCCCGGCAUGCGGCCGCUGUUCCCCGCGGCGAGCGUGGCGGUCUCCACGCCCAGCAAGCCCACUUUCCCCGCUUACAGCAACGCGACGAUAAGCGCGCCGCCGACCACGUCGGCCUCCCACGACCUGAAGGAGAACGGCGACGUGAAGCCCCCCGCCGCCAACGCCUGCCCGCUCGUCACCGCCACCGGCGCCGCCUCCAAGAUCAUCCAUCCCCCCGAGGACGUGUCGCUCGAGGAGAUCCGCGCCAGGCAACCCCGCUACCGGCCCAAGCCCAAGGAGCCGCCGCACCACCACCAGCCCGCGCCCACCAUGGUCACGCCCAGCACCAGCCAGGCUGAGGUAAGCAUGGUGCAGGCGCACAUGAACGCGGCGGUGGCGGCGGCGGCGCGGCAGCAGGCGGCGGCGCAGGCGCAGGCGCAGCAGGCCAUGCGGCGGCCCAUGAUGCAGCCCGUGCACGUGCUGCAGCAGCCCGUGCGCGUCGGCGUGCCCGUCUCCAUGCCGCCCGUCAUGGGCGUGCUGCCGCUGCCGCAGUUCAACCUGGUGCGCCAGCUGCAGCCCGGGAUGCUGUUACCCGGCAUGGGCGGCAUGGGAGGCAUGGGAGGCAUGGGCGGCAUGGGUGGCAUGGGCGGCAUGGGCGGCAUGAUGCCCAUGGGCGCCAUGUUCCCGGGCGGCGUGCCGGGGAUGAUGAUGCAGCACCGGUUCCGAUAGCGGCGCCCCGAUCGACUCGCUGGCUGAACAUAAGGCUGGGUCGGCCCGCGCCGACAGCAAGCGCAGGUAGGCGCUCGAUAGUACUUAUUAUACGUCCGCUUGACGAUUGUGUGUCCAAUGCUCUUGCUAAUUCGGUGACGGGAUACUUACAAGGUAAGACGCACGCACACGCGAGCGCGCAACGGACGAGGACGGAACGACAUGCCAAUUUAGAUUUAAUUAAUUAUUUAUUUUCUUUUUUGUUAAAGGCGUGAUUUCGAGAUAUAGGAUGGACUAUUGACUAAAGCUAAUUAUGGCAAUUAAAUCAAUUUAUACGCUACCCGUGUUAACCCAUAAUCAUUUAGAUGAGGGUCCACGCAGAGAGAGUAUACGCGCGAAGCAAUUUCCUCGCGCACAAAACGGGCACUGUAGACAUGCCUCGCGCGCACCGCCUCGUCAAGGCACGUCUACACUGGCCAUUUUGUGCGCGAGGAAAUUGCCUCGCGCGUAUGCUCGUUCUGCGUGGACCCGGCUAUUGAAAUUCUCAUCUGUCAAUUUCUAACUCUUGAGACUUUUCGAUCUACUUCGAAAAGCAUUAAAUGACCAUAUUGGACGAUUAGUGCAACACGAUUAUAAUUUUUGUAUUAAAUUCGACAUAAUCCAAAUUCCGUUGCGUGCGUCGCGCCAAACGUUAGCGCUAGCGUUUUCGCGGAGCCGUUACAGACGGCAACUAAAGUUACGCGAGCGAAGUGCUUAAAAUGAUCUUUAAGCUCCUUUUUCACAGAUAACUAUGCUACAUUUACGAGUACAUACAAAUUGGCCACACAAGCCGUGUCAAUUGUAUGUAAUCGCAGCGCAGCUCUGUUGAAAAAGCGGCUGUAUUAUCUAUACAAUAAAGUCACUUUCAGCUCUUAGUUCGUGCCACUGUUGCUGCUAUCGUCCCUCCCACUAGCGUAGUUGAGGGACGCGGCCGCGAGAAACUUGGCAUGCUAUCGAUGUGCUAUCGAAACAAACCAUCUGUCCAUGUAGACUUGUCAUUUUAUCUAACCUUAACGUACAAUCGCCGGCGUUCGCGGUGUUCCACUUUUGAACCUUAAUAUACUGGAAUAGAGUCUAAAAGCGAACGCAGGCGAUUGUACUUACGUCGUAUGGUACGUAGAUUUUUUUUUCGGUUAUUGACUGUGCUUCAAUGUCUCCAAAGCAAAUAACAGGAAUUUUUCAAUGUAUUCUCAGUUGCAGUUAUGUAACGAGAUGAAAAUACAGUACUGAGACAACAAGAAACAAAUUGAUUUGAGUUUUAAAUGAUAUCAUCAUCGUCAACACAUUUAACUCACCAUUCGUAAACUUUAUUGCAACGUGAUAAGGUCUACAUUGGUAAGUUAAGUGCGUUGCUGUUUUCUAAGAUUCUAAUUCAAACUAAAAGGAUGUAUAAGACCUAAAAGUCAAGAUCUGAUGCUAGUUUCGAUAGCACAUACUCCUGAGCCCGUAUACGGAUAGCGUUAAAGGCUGGUUCCAUGGACGUUUCACCAUUCGACGUGUGUUGGUCACAUUGGUUAGAUGGUAGAUGGACAACACCAAAUUUUGUAUUUUCUAAUAUUGUCAAUGGGUAACUUCAGUGGAUUUUUCGUCCACAAUUUGCAAGCGCAUUUCCUCUACUUUCUAGAAAAUUGAUGACAUUUUUGAUUGUUUUCUAGAGGCCUUUGGCACUUACAAUUCUUCAAAAUUGUCUGGCUAAGAAAAGUUGUUGUAUGCUACCAAAAAUUACGGCGAGAAAAACUAAAAUACCUAGUUCUAUUAUCAGCCAAUAGAAUAACGCCGUGAAAUGGUUGACAUCGUCCUCGGCACCAGCCCUAGGGUAGGCAGGGUAGGUAGGACAGGUGACUCGCUCGCCACGGCGUGGCUGGGCCGCCAGUUCCCUGCUCGGCAGGCGACGCGCUGUCACAACGACUGUUGUUGGAUUGACGGCCCCCUGUCUCACAUUAUUACCUACCAUACUGUUAGUAAGGAGCGCUGUAAGGACUAAGAUUCGUUAAUGUUAUCUGCCUUGAAACCAUUUUUUUAUUAAGCAUUUCCAUUAUGAAGUUGUGAUGUUUGCCUAAUCUUGUAGAAUUUUGACUAUUUUACCGAAUAAAUGCGCUGGAAUUU